UUUACAGGAAAUUUGCUGAAGACAAAUGUACCGAAAGAAGGUGAAAUGUACUAGUCUCUCUUUCAUGCCCAUAUGAACCAAGUCUCGACAACAAGUUAGUGAGUUAGUCCCAACAUCUCACAACAAUCAUUAAUCAUGGAUGAAGGGCAUACCGAAAGAAUGGAAACGACAUAUAACUACUACAACCUCCCAACCCAAGAGCCGUGCAUUACUGGAGAUUUAACCCUGAAUUCACAUGUCAAGUCUGCCAUUUUCUGUGUGGUCUUUGCACUCGGCCUUGUUGGGAACAUUAUCAUCUUAUGGGUUCUCCUGAAAGUCAUGCAUUUGAAAACUAUGACAAACGUCUGCUUACUGAAUCUGGCUCUGUCAGACUUGCUGAUGGUCCUGUCGCUGCCCUUCUGGGCUCUGUAUGUUCAAGGUCAUUACAUCACAGCCAAUGCCAUGUGUAAGGCUAUGACAGGCAUAUAUCAGGUGGGAUUUUACAGCGGGAUCCUGUUUGUGACCCUGAUGAGCGUGGAUCGCUAUCUGGUUAUCGUACACGCCGUGGCAGUGCUGGGGGCCAAGAUGCUGCGCUACGGAGUUGUGGUUAGUCUUGUUAUAUGGGUGAUUUCGAUCUGUGCCGCUCUCCCGGAGGUCAUCUUUGCAGCAAUGGUGACAGAGGACAACCUCACCAGAUGCCAGGGAAACUAUCCUUUGGGCUCGGCCCAUAAGUGGAAGCUUUUCCGCAACUUUAGCGAAAACACUGUGGCACUUUUCAUCUCUUUGCCCAUUAUUGCAUUCUGUUACAUCAGAGUGCUGAUGGUGGUGCAAAAGACCAAAAACUCAAAAAAGGAUCGAGCCAUAAAGCUCAUACUUGCCAUUGUUGCAGUGUUUGUGGUUUUCUGGGUGCCCUACAAUGUGGUUGUGUUUCUAAAGACCUUGCAGCAGUUUGAUAUUCUCAAUAGCUGCGAGGCGUCUCGUCAUAUUAACAUGGCCAUGGACUUGACAGAGACAAUCGCACUGACACACUGCUGCGUCAAUCCAGUCAUUUAUGCUUUUGUUGGAGAAAAGUUUCGCAAAAGCCUAACAAGCGUGUUUUCGAAAUAUAUCGUGUGUUUGAAGGUCUACCAGUCAACGUCGAUUCAUUCAAAAGUUUCAGAAAAUGACACCUCCAACACGGCUUUGUAAAGAACAGACAUCUUUUCUUUAUUUACUCCCACCAAAACAGGACCCAGUUCAAAAGUCCCUUAUGAUUUUUUUCUUAAAUGAUGGAAACGUUUUAGAAACUGCUUAUAUUUGCUUUAUUAGUUUUGCUUCUCUGCUUUUGUAGCUUCGCAAUAUACAUUUUAAUGCAAGCUUUUUUGACAACACAACAUCAUAUCGCUGUACUACCUCAAUAAAAUAAAAAAUCCCUUUAAAAAAAAAAAAACAUCUGGUGAGGCAAAAGAAGGUUUCUUCCACCAAGUGUGCUUGUGAAUAAUACAGUGUCUUACAGUCAAACUAUUUUUCAGUGGCUGUAAAAUGACCUAAUGCAUUAAAUUACUUUAAUCGUAUUUCAGUACAUUUAAAUUUGCAAAUGUAUAUAACACAUCCAAACCAAAUCUUCUCCCGUGAGCUCUUACCUCAUACCAUGCAAAAGCAUUUAGCACAUGCUCUGUACUUCACUGUCAAUAACCACUGGACUUCCUAAACCAUACGCAUCAAAGGCAAAACCAAAAAGAAAUAUUACAAGAAUGUACUGAAAUGGCCUAAAGAAGAUGUCUCAAUGUUGAAUGUUGAAUCUGGGUCAAGAACUCAAAUUGUUAUGCUGUCUUUCUGUGUAAUAUCCAAUAUAACAUUUUAUCUUCAAGUUACUCAUUUCAAACACAGAGAUUGAUUCAUGUUCAUCAAUAUAUUGAUAAACAAAUAAAUCACAAACGUGUGUUUCAAAUGUAUGUUGUAAUGCUUUAUGUUACCACAAGAGCACUCCAUAUAGGGCAUGGUUUAAUGCCUCCGAUGAACCAGGAAAAUACCAGGUAAAAGUAGUACAAGGAUAGACACAGACAAAGUGAAGUGCUAAUGCUGUACUACUGCUGGUUCACUUACUGUACAUGUUGGAUUCUGGGAGUUUCUGAGUCGGGAUUCUGAUUUGAGGGGGUAAAAGUUUUAUUGGUAGCUCAGAUUUUCCACCGUUGAGUACAAAUAAAACUUUGCAAACUUGCUGACUUGCAUAUAACUCAAUACUUAUCUGUUUACACAAACGUAAUGUUCGCUUGUUUAAAUUUCUGACAGUGAAUAAAUGUUUAUAU